ACAACUCUACCCCUCUUGUUAAAAAAGAAAAAGAAUCUAAAAAAGAAAACGCCUCCUCCAUUGCGUUGCGCUGCGCCCACGCCGCCGCCGCCGCCAGAGCGUGGAGGUAAGCCAUGGAGGCGUCUCCCCGCGGCCGCCUCCUCGCCUUCGCGCCCACGCUCCACCUCCUCCUCCGCGCGCUCUGGGUAGCCGGCGUCCUCAACAUCGCCAAGGACGUCGUGCACUGCGCCCGCCUGCAGAGCACCACCUCCGUCCUGGACGACCACCGCUGCAACCUCUCCCUCUCGUUCGCGCUCGCCAUGCUCUUCAUCUCGCUGCUCGGCCGGAGCAUCCUCCGCCGCAGCGACGCCAAGGCGGAGGCGGAGCUUGGAGGAGGUGAAGAAGACGGCGACGAUGUGCUCCCCGAGAAGGCGUCUUCUUCCCCGGAGACGCAUCCCCGUGCUCACUGGAUGCUCCAGGGGUGGUCGCCGCGUGAUGUGGAGGUCGGAUUCGUGAUGGGGCUCGCCUUCCUCCCCUACCUCUGGAUCACCAUGCUCGUCUCGCUCUUCCUGCUGGUGCCGCGGCUGCAUCCGCCCCCACCUGCUGAAAGGGGGGUUCCUGUGGUGGAGCUGCUCGGUGACCUCAUGGUCCAUGUCGGGUGCCUCUGCGUCUCCAUCAACCUGUGCAGCCUUGGCGUCCCGUACGCCAUGCUCAGGCUGACGAAGGCGCUCGACGCCAAGGAUGGAGACGCAUGGAUACUCUAAUUGGGUGAUUUGUUACAACAGCGCGUGGUGGGGGUGGUGCGGGAGGCGUGGGCGCCUGAUUUUUUUUCUCUCCCCAUUGGGUGCCCGAUGGGGAAGAUUUUCCAUGCUACACAUACGUUUUUUUGGUACGAUCUUGUUACGAUAAGACGUAACGGCACAGACAGCAGGGGAACCUAACAUGAGUGCAUGACGCACGCGUAAGCGGCAGUCCAAGCGUGCUCAUGUGCCCUAAAGCCCAAUUCACCUCUAACUUUACGUUCACUACUCUAAACCCUAAACAUGACAUUCCCUAUUCCAUCUUUCAUGUUCUGAUCUAAUCUGCAAGUCUGAAACUAAUCCAAUAGCAUGCGCCAUCGAAGACAAAGGUAUGCCAUCUUAUUUACUUGAUUUCCUUUAGCUUCACAAUCAUCUUUUCUGGUACAUUAAUCUCUCUCUCUCUCUCUCUCUCUUUCUUUUUUGUUCCUGGGCAAUGUUCAUGGCCAUGAAAUGCUUUCUUUAUUAUUAUGGAUUUAAUCUGAAAUUUUCCAUUGCAAAACAUAUGCCAUUAUUUUUAAUUUAAUCUGAAACUAUGGUUGACACUAUCACUGUCCAAGGUGCAAGGAACAUAUUUGUAUGCGUAAUUUGCUUAACCUGCCACAUGAUAAAUUCAAUGUUUAGUGCUAAGUACAAUUACUAUACACAGUAAGAUAUUAGGAAGAAGAUUGAGAUUGCUUAAGAUAUGAUUGAAAAGAAGAUUGCUUUGGUUGGGUGUGCAAGCAAGCCAACGAGAUAGCAGGUCAGGACGUCAGGAGCUUGGGCUAUGGAUAUGGGAUCAGCAGUGAAGGAGGGAUCCGUUUGAUCGUACAACCAUCGUACGUAUAGCAGCGCUGUUUGAUUAAUUGAACAAAGAUUACAUAUACAUGUGAUGUGAAUGCUGAUUGCUGAA